AUGUCCCCUCUGCUCAGCUUGGGCCACAGGAAGAGCCUCGUCCUGGAGGACGUCCCGGGCCUCGAGUCCGGCGACAGCGUUGCUGGCCUGCUCCCGUCGUUCAAGGCCAACCUUGAGGCGCUCAGCCGCGACGGCGACAGCUGCAGCUCUAGCUCCAGCCGGAAGGUCGUCACGGCGUUCAAGCUCACCAAGGCCCUGCUGCGCACCGUCUGGUGGCACGUCGCGGUGACCGCGUUCUACGCGCUGGUCUACAACGUCGCCACCUACGUCGGCCCGUACCUCAUUGACUCCGUGGUGCAGUACCUCAACGGCGACGAGAGCCAGUCAAGGCGGAGCCGCACAAGCGGAGAGAUGAUUAACAUCAUCAGCGUCGACGCCGACCGCGUCGGCAUCUUCGCAUGGUACAUGCACGACCUCUGGCUGGUGCCGUUACAAGUAGGCAUGGCAAUGUUCACCCUGUACUCAACGCUCGGGCUCGCCUCGCUUGCCGCGCUCGGUGCCACCGUGGUCAUCAUGCUUGCCAACGUGCCUCCCGGAAAAAUGCAGAAGUUCCAGGAGAAGCUCAUGGACAGCAAGGACGUCAGGAUGAAGGCGACGACUGAGAUCCUUCACAACAUGAGGAUUCUGAAGCUGCAGGGGUGGGAGAUGAAAUUCCUGUCCAAGAUCAUUGAGCUGAGGAAGACAGAGACGAAUUGGCUAAAGAAAUACCUCUACACAUCGGUCACGGUGACCUUCGUCUUCUGGGGGACCCCGUCCUUCGUUGCUGUGGUCACCUUUGGAGCUUGCAUUCUCAUGGGGAUCCCGUUGGAGUCAGGGAAGGUGCUGUCAGCAUUGGCCACGUUCCGCGUGCUCAAGGAACCGAUAUAUGUCCUUCUUGACACUAUCUCAAUAGUGAUUCGGAUCAAGGUGUCUCUUGACAGGAUAGCAUCAUUCCUAUGCCUUGACGAGCUGCCGAGUGAUGCUGUGCAGAGGCUUCCAAGUGGUAGCUCUGACUUUGCAAUCAACGUCAACAAUGGGUGCUUCUCCUGGGAAGCCUCACCUGAAGUCGUCCCAACACUGAAGGACCUCAACUUCCAAGCUAGGCCAGGCAUGCGUGUUGCGGUUUGUGGGACAGUUGGCUCCGGCAAAUCGAGCUUGCUGUCUUGCAUUCUUGGCGAGAUUCCAAAGUUAUCGGGAGAGGUCCAGAUUUGUGGGACAACAGCAUAUGUCAGUCAGUCAGCAUGGAUACAGAGCGGCAAAAUUCAAGAGAAUAUACUGUUCGGCAAGGAGGUGGACACAGAGAAGUAUGACAGAGUACUUGAGUCAUGCUCGCUGAAGAAAGACUUGGAGAUUUUGCCAUUUGGUGAUCAGACAGUCAUCGGCGAGCGAGGCAUCAACCUUAGUGGCGGGCAGAAGCAAAGGAUUCAGAUAGCCCGCGCUCUUUAUCAGGAUUCCGACAUCUAUUUGUUCGAUGAUCCAUUCAGUGCAGUUGAUGCCCAUACAGGAUCCCACCUUUUUAAGGAAUGCUUGCUUGGGGAUUUGGCUUCAAAAACAGUGGUUUAUGUUACUCAUCAGAUUGAGUUCCUACCUACUGCUGAUCUCAUUCUUGUCAUAAAAGAUGGGAGAAUAGCACAAGCAGGAAAAUACAACGAAAUACUAGGUUCAGGGAAAGAGUUCAUGGAGCUAGUUGGUGCUCACAAGGAUGCUCUGACAACAUUGGAUGCGAUUGAUUCCAUGAAUGGAGGCAAUGUGCCCUCUCCUUCAAGUGGCAAAGCAAAGCCAAAGCUUUCCAGAUCACUGUCAUCAGUUGAGAAGAAAGAUAAAGCCAACAAUGAUGAACAGAAUGCUCAGAGUGGGCAGCUGGUGCAGGAAGAAGAAAGGGAGAAAGGUAGGGUAGGGUUCUGGGUCUAUUGGAAGUACCUCACACUAGCUUAUAAGGGAGCUCUUGUACCGUUUGUGUUGCUAGCACAGAUACUUUUCCAAAUACUUCAAAUUGUGAGUAAUUACUGGAUGGCUUGGGCUGCUCCCGUGUCAAAGGAUGUUGAGCCUCCGGUGAACAUGUCGACACUGAUCUAUGUCUAUGUCAUCCUGGCUCUUGGAAGCUCACUGUGUAUCCUUGCUUCAACUGAUCAAAGUGAAGUGGACACUAUCAUUGCUGGCCAGAUGGGCUUUGUUGCAUUUUCCAUCAUUCAACUUAUCGGAAUUAUUGUGUUGAUGUCAAGUUGCAUGGCAGUUGACCUCCUCCUCAGUUCUGGCUACUCGAUCUGCAUCCUCUGGAAUUCUUGGUUUUGCUCCCUAGGGGCUUCUUUAGUGUCCUCUGGCUCUGGGACUCGUAGUUCAGGUGGACUUCACUGUGAUCACAGUGACAGAGAUGGACAUGUUGAGGCUCACUGUUACAAGAAGAAGAGGCAACAGACUCAGUCUUGCCAAGGUGGGCAUCCCUCGCAGGGUUCUCGACUUCUAGUAGUGUGA